GGCAGUUUUCCUAAUUUUAUUCUCCUUUUGAGUCCCUUUCGUCUUCUACUCCUCACAUCUUCUCCACAAAUCUCCUCUUCUAAAAUCUCUGAACGCAGCUCACGAAGACAAACACAAACAUGGGCUACGAAAACGAUCCGUACCGCGAUGAAGAUGGAGAGCCAUUGAUGGACCUCGAUGAUGAAAUGCAAUCCGAUAUGGAACCUUCGCUGGGACCAGAAGAUCCUGAUGAAGACUGGCGACGGGAGCGAUCACCGACCCCAGUUCACGAAUCCGAUGCUGGAUCUAAGGCUAAGCCGAGGAAAAGGCUUAUUAAGAAGAGCGUGAAGGAGAGUACCCCGGAUUUUGACGAUGAGGAGGAGGCUAGGGAUUUGGUGAGAGACGAUUGGGAUGAUGAAGGUAAUGAGUUGUCGGGGUCUUCCCGUAAGCGGAAGGUUUCUAAGGAUGGGGGGAGCCGAACGAAGGAGAAGAAAUCGAAGUCUGAGAGGAAGCUUGGAGAGAGCUCUAAGUCUGGGUUCAAGGGUGGGAGCUCUUCUGGAAGGUCGAAAGAUCGUCAGAGUGGUGAUCCGGAGAUGAAGGAGAUGUGGGAUACGAUUGCUGGGUCUGAUUCCGAGAAUGAUCAAGAGGGUGUCAGGACUCUGGACGAUGAUAACUUCAUAGAUGAUAGUGGUCUGGAUCCGGCUGAGAGGUUUGGCAGCGAUAAUGAAGCAGGUUCUAUUGGGGAUGCUCCUCAGGCAGAAGAGGGUGAAGAGGAUAAUGAAAUUAAACAACUAUUUAAGGGUGGGAAGAAAAAGAAGAAAAGUGAGAAAACUCCGGCAGAAAUAGCUCUGCUAGUAGAACAUCUCAUGGCAGAGCUUGAAGUGACAGCUGAAGAAGAUGCCGAGCUAAAUAGGCAGUCUAAACCUGCCAUUAAUAAACUUAAGAAGCUGCCACUUCUAACUGAGGUUCUCUCAAAGAAGCAACUUCAACAAGAGUUUUUAGAUCAUGGAGUGCUAACUCUUCUGAAGAAUUGGCUUGAGCCUCUCCCUGAUGGAAGCUUACCUAACAUAAAUAUUCGAUCUGCAAUUCUGAAGAUAUUGACUGACUUUCCAAUUGAUCUAGAGCAGUAUGAUAGGAGGGAACAGCUCAAGAAAAGUGGUCUUGGGAAGGUCAUUAUGUUCUUGUCUAGAUCAGAUGAGGAGACCACAUCGAACAGGAAACUUGCUAAGGAUUUAGUAGACAAAUGGAGUCGACCUAUAUUCAAUAAGAGCACACGGUAUGAGGACAUGCGAAAUUAUGAUGACGAGAGAACUCCCUUCCGGAGGCCGUCAAUGAAAAAGCCAGUGACAAAAGCUGCAGGAAUGGACUCGAGAGAUGAUGAUCUUGAUUUAGGUGAAUUUUCACAGGGUCCAAAGUCUGGCCAAUCAUCUGACAGGCAACAUGCUUCAAGGCCGGAAGCCCUACCAAUGGAUUUUUUGGUGCGUCCACAAUCUAAGAUAGAUCCUGAUGAAAUCAGAGCACGAGCUAAGCAAGUUGUACAAGAUCAACGCCGGUUGAAGAUGAAUAAAAAGUUGCAACAGUUGAAAGCACCAAAAAAGAAGCAGCUUCAAGCAACGAAGCUUAGUGUGGAGGGUCGUGGCAUGGUCCGGUUCCUUUAGCUUCUCAUGAUGUUCGAAGUUCGGAACUGGGAAGCCCGAGUAUUGUGAUAUUUACUUGUAUCACCACCCAAGUAUUCAUGCCUUCUAAGAAUGGAAUGGUAGCUGAAUAUGUUCAAGCAA